AUGACGUGUCAUGGGAGGACUGAGGCAUUAUCAACGAACAUACUCCAGUCGUCACAACCUUUAUUUAAAAUAAAUCGACCUGAAGAAGAAUUAAAGUUAAAUCUAUUGAAACAGGUAACCAGACCUGGCGUAUGGAAAGCGGCCUACUGUAAACGUCCUUCUAUAACAUUUAUAACAUUUACAAAUUUGUCUAAGGAGUCAAAAACACUCUAUUGGGAAUCCACAACUGGGGUUGUCACGUGUACCAUUCGUCGUUGGCGACGAGCCAAAUCUUGUCACAAUCACUAUAAGUUAUCAUUCCAAUUAGCCGUAUGUGCUGUUAGUGGAAUGCUAAAAACUGUCCAUCGUGUGAAAAAUUUUCGAAUUGAAUCUGAAGAUGACCAUUACCAUUUUGAUGAACCAACACCU